GAUUAGUUCGAGAAAAGUCAUUUGGGACUACAAAAGAUAGAAUGCUUUAUAUUGAACAGUGCGCAAACUCAAGGGCUGUCACAAUCUUCAUCCGUGGUGGGAACAAAAUGAUAAUCGAGGAGACCAAGCGUAGUAUUCAUGAUGCUUUAUGUGUUGCAAGGAAUUUGAUUCAUAACAACUCAAUUGUUUAUGGUGGAGGAGAAGCUGCUGAAAUAUCUUGCUCAGUUGCUGUGGAGGCAGCGGCUGAUAAAAAUCCUAGAGUUGAGCAGUAUGCAAUCAGGGCCUUCACAGAUGCACUGGACUCCAUCCCUAUGGCAUUGGCAGAAAACAGCGGCCUUCAGCCAAUUGAUACAUUAUCUGCUGUUAAGUCUCAGCAGAUCAAGGAAAACAAUCCCCACUGUGGAAUAGAUUGUAAUGAUGUUGGAACCAAUGACAUGCGUGAGCAGGAUGUGUUUGAAGCACUGAUCGGUAAACAGCAGCAGAUACUUACUGGCGACACAGGUGGUGAAGAUGAUACUCAAGAUCGAUGAUGUGAUCAGCCCUUCGGAUUACUGAUUAUU